AUGGAUUCUGUGUUCCUUGCAGCGUCCUGUCUUCCAUGCAGUAAAACUGCGGGCUGCCACAACAGCACCCACUGUGUGUGUGAAAUUGGCUUCGAGCUCAUAUCUGGAACUAAUAUCUGCCAAGAUAUUGAUGAGUGUGCAACUGGGAUAGCAAAGUGCAAGCAAAUAUCGUACUGCAGAAAUAAAGUCGGGCAUUACAUCUGCAGCUGUUUAAAAUUUGCUAUCUUCAGCUGGGUGGCUGGUCUGGUUGAAAUUGACCAACCAGAUUGCUAUGAUGGCUUAGCAGUAGGGGAGGAAGCUUCUGGUUCAUUCCAAGAAGAACUAAGGAUCAACACAACCAAAAAGGACUUUGCAACCAAGGUGACCCAACUACUUCAGCAUGUUGAACAAUUUGUUUGGAAGGACAGCUAUGCUUCACCAAGGAAGGGUGAAAUUUCUAAGUUAAAUAUGGUCUAUGAAACCAAGCGGUGCCACAACAAGACUGUUCUGGAAGCUGGAAAUAACAUGAUGGUCAUCGACUGUACUUUCAAAGGAGCUAAAGAAAGAGAUGAAAAUUCAGUUGCAUUUAUCACAUAUAAGUCACUCGGGAAAUUUUUGGAUGAAUCCUUUUUUACUCCUCGAAGAGGUAUGCAGGCAGUGGAGUUGAACUCUCACAUUGUGAGUGGAACCAUCGGCACCGAAAUCAAAGUUAACCUUCCUGAACCCGUGUUCCUGACGUUUCAACAUACUAAGCCUGGCCGUGUCAAAGCAAAAUACUUCUGUGUCUACUGGAAAAGACAGGAGACAGGCAGCUGGUCCACAGAGGGCUGCUCCCACGUGGGCAGCAAUGACUCUUACACCACAUGCAAGUGUUCCCACCUAUCCAGCUUUGCUGUCCUCAUGACUCUGUCUCCUGAGGAGGACUUCGUGCUCUCUGUGAUCACCUAUGUGGGCCUGAGCCUUUCUCUGCUGUGCCUGCUCCUGGCUGCCCUCACCUUCCUCCUGUGCAGAGCCAUCCAGAACACCAGCACCACACUCCACCUGCAGCUUUCCCUCUGCCUCUUCCUGGCCCACCUUCUGUUUCUCACUGGUAUCAACAGAACUGAGCCUGAGGAGCUGUGCUCUGCCAUCGCAGGAAUGCUGCAUUACCUCUACUUGGCUGCCUUCAUGUGGAUGCUUCUAGAAGGACUGCACCUCUUUCUCACAGUCAGGAACCUCAAGGUUGCAAAUUACACAAGCUCUGGCAGGUUCAAGAAGAGGUUCAUGUACCCCGCUGGCUACGGAAUCCCGGCAUGUAUUGUUGCUGUGUCUGCCAGCCUCGGACAUGAGAGUUAUGGAACACAUGCCUACUGCUGGCUCAGCCUUGAUAAGGGAUUCAUCUGGAGCUUCAUGGGCCCAGUGGCAGUCAUUAUCUUGAUAAAUAUGGUAUUUUACUUCCAAAUUAUGUGGAUAUUGAGAAGCAAACUCUCUUCCCUCAAUAAAGAAGUUUCUACCAUUCAAGAUACCAAAGUCAUGACAUUUAAAGUCGCUGUUCAGGUAUUUGUGCUGGGCUGUUCUUGGGGCAUUGGAUUCUUUAUGAUGAAAGAAGUGGGGAAGACAUUCGGAUUGGUCUUUGCUUACCUAUUCACCAUCAUCAAUGUCCUGCAGGGGGUUUUGCUCUUUGUGGUACACUGUCUGCUUAAUCACCAGGUCCGAAUGGAAUAUAAGAAGUGGUUUAAAGGGAAGCAGAAAGGGGUUGAAACAGAAAGUGCUGAGAUGUCUCGGUCUACUACACAUACCAAAAUGUAGGAAGAACCAGAGAAGCCUUCAGAAUUCUUACACUGAAAAGGUGCCACGUCAGACCAAUGACAACCUGUCAUGCAUCUACUCUUUGCCUAGCCAAG